GCCAAUUCACGCGCCCAACUUUUUCGCCCUUCUCCGCGCCUCCAUCACCGACUCGCCCCCCUCCUGAGCCCCUGGACGGCCCACACCCACACCCACACCGCAGCACACGACCACUUUCCUCUCUGUGGCAACAAAAAACCACGGAUGAACACGGCUGGUAUUUUCUCGGUACUUGUAGUCACAUGCCUUCUGGCAUGUGCGGGUAUUGCGACGGGUACGGCUGUCCGUGCCCUGCCUGCGACUGGUGUGGCGGUGCUCAACGGAUACAACGAGAUUCCUGUUGCAGCGACGACGGCGCGUGGCGUGGCGGUCCUCUCGUGGGACCCUGUGACAGCGCGGAUCACGUACUCUGUGGUGACCAACGUGACGUCCGACAUCACGGGCAUCCACCUUCACUCGGGGUCGGAGAAGCUCUUCUUCUCGACGACCGGCUGGGGCACGUCGACGCCUGUCGACCGCAAAUGGGGCGCGCUCAUUUCGGCCGGCAACACGUACGUCAACGUGCACACGGUCGACUUUCCGUCUGGCGAGGUCCGCGGCGACGUGUGGGCUGCGGGCUACUCGGCCGGGCCGAACAUGCUGAUUGGCGCCGUGGUGGCCGAGGACGUGUUUGAGACGGUCCGCGACCCUGCGGCUGGGCCGAUGGCUCGAGCAGUUGGGUUCUGGCAGGUCAACACUGUCACGGGCCUACUCUCGAUGGAGGUCGCGGUGGCGCACCCGGACAUUACGGCCAUCCACAUCCACCAGAACACGCUCGGGCGCGAAGGGACCAAGGUCUGCGACUUUCUUGCGUCGCGGACCGGUAACUGCGACAGUCUCAACGCCGACCUCCUCGCCAACGGCGGAUACUACUUUAACUUCCACACUUCGUCGUCGGCGUACAUGCGCGGGCAGACGUUUGCGCUGGAUGCGACGGCGGCGCCUUCGCAGUUCAACUUUGCCGGGCAUCUCGACGCGGUGGCGAGCUCGAACGUAGUGGGCGUGGCGCUCGGCGCGUUUGAUGCGUCGUCGUCGUCGCUGACGGUCCAGGUGUGGCACAACGCGAGCGCGGCGCUCGGUGUGAGCGUGGGCAACUACGUGCUGUGCACCGGUGCUGGCGCGUGUGACUCCCCGGUCGUCCACACCUUUGAUGGCCCGCUCAACGUGACCGAGACGGCCAAGUUCUUUGCGGCGCCGGGCCUGACGGUCAACGUGGCGGACGGGACCGGCAUUGUGGCCGGAGGCGUGCUCAGCUACCAGCAACUCUCAGAGGGGACGACAUACCUCCCGCGGGCGGCCGGCCUGCUCUCGGGCUUUGAGGCGACGUAUACCGAGCCGGUGGUGGCGCGCGGUGCGGCACUGAUGACAUCGCUCGAUGCGACCGGCUCGAGCUUCCGCUACACGGUGGUGUACGCGACGGACUCUGUCGGCGCGGGCGCGACGGUGCACCUCGGAGUCAAUGCGACGGCCGGCUAUGUGCCGGACGCGGUGACGUUCCUGGGCUCGGGCGCCAACUCGGGCGCGGUGACUGGUACCUUUACCGCUGCGAGCGUUGGGCUUGACUUUAACCGGGUCGUGGGCGUGACCUCGUUUAUCGUGCGGACGGACGAGAUGCCGACCGGCAGCGGGGCGGUGCGCGGGCAGAUGACCGAGGUGGCGAUUGCGCCUGCGUCACAGAUCACGCACGUGGCGCGGCUGGACAAGCAGCAGGAGGUGCCGCCGUCGACGUCUGCGGCGACUGGCGUGGCCGUGGCGACGUUCAACCCUGUCGACUUUACGGUCGACUACCGCGUGGUGUGGGUCAACCUCGCGUCGGCAGUCUCACAGGUCCACCUCCACCAGGGCGCGGCCGGGACAAACGGUCCGAAGAUGUUUGUGGUGGCCGACUCGCCGGCGGGCAACGGGAUCGAGGGCUCGACGCCGCCGCUCACGGCAACGCAGGCCGCAGACUUUGUGGCCGGCAACGCGUACUGGAACGUGCACACGGUGAACCACCCGGCGGGUGCGAUCCGCGGGCAGAUCACGGCGCCCAAGUUUACGUACGCGGCGGCACCGAGCGUGUGGGACGUGUCGCGGACGUACGGCGCGAGCCCGCAGACGUCGGCGGCGACGAGCGUGCUCAUCACGACAUACGAGGAGGAGAUGCCGGGCGGCGCGUCGCUGGGAACCUACUCGCUCAUGACGACGUACACGGGCGGAGCGGUGACUGCGGCCGAUAUUGCUGCGCCGCACAAGGCGGGUGAGACCGGGAGCGCGCUUCAGUCGCUCUGCGUCGGGCCGUGCGGACAGAGCGAGUCUGCAGGCACGUCUAUGGUCGACCGCCAGAUUGCUGUGGCGGCGCGGACCGGGCUCGCGUACGUCGAGGUCAUGUCUGUGACCGAGGGCACUGUGCGUGCGCAGAUCGAGGCACUUGCGCCCGUGGCGGCGCCUGUGGUGCCUGCGGGGAGCAUCUCGUGGAUGGUGCGGCUGAGCGGGUGGGAGGAGGCGACGCCUGUCGAUUCGCCUUGGACUGGCUUUGCGGCACUGACGUGGAACGAGGCGUCAUCGACGCUCGACUACGCGAUCUGGCACACCGUGCCGGACGCCACCAAGGUGCACUUGCAUCAGGCGUCGGGCGGUGCUGCGCUGUACGAGUUUGCAGCUACGCCGGCAGCGUCCGUCUCGCCGGUUGUGGGCUCGCUGGUCAUUGCGCCGGAGCACCGGUGCAUGCUCAAGUCGCAGACAAUGUACGUCAACCUGCACUCGGUGACCAACCCGGGCGGCGAGCUCCGCGGAACGGUGGCGGUCUCCGAGUUCAACUACGGCUCUGUGUCUGCGGUCGGCGGGCAGGAGGUGCCGCCGGUCCUCUCGACCCGCGGCGGCAUGAUCGCGGUCUCGGUCGACGCCAACGCGAUGACCAUGAACGCCACGGUCCUCCACAACAUCAAGCGCGACGUGACCAAGGUUCACAUGCACCUCGGCGCCGCCGGCACCAACGGCGCGCUCACCUUUGACAUCGGGACGCUCGCGUGGCUCUCGUCGCCCAUUUCGCUCCCGUCGCUGCAGUCGAUCUCGGCGGCGCAGCUCGCGUCGUUCAACGCUGGCGAGUUCUACCUCAACUUGCACUCGUGGCUCAUCCCGUCGGGUGAGGCGCGCGGGCAGAUUGUGCCGGUUGUCCCGCCGGCAGCGUGCGUCGUCCCGCCGUCGCCGUCGCCGCCGCCGCCGCCGCCGCCCACUGUCGCUGCCGCGCCGCCGCCGCCGGCGCCUGGAACCCCUUCGCCGCCGCCGCCCGGAGGCUCGUCGGCCAUCUCGUCGCCGUCCAAGGACGACGGCGUGUUCAAGACCGACAACUACAUCCUCGCCGGCGUCGCCCUCGGCUCGCUCAUCAUCGGCAUCCUCAUCUCUGCCAUCAUCUGCAAGUGCUGCUGCUCCGGCAGCGGCUCGUCCAAGCGCGACUACGACAUGGGUGGUGCUUCUGCGCUCAUGACCAUCUGAGUGCGCUCUCUUUUUCCCUUUUGUUGAACAUAACUGUGUCAUUUCCA